AUGUCAUCUACUAUGCAUGUUGUCGCUCUUAUAGAUAAAAAAUCGCGACAAAAUGGUGUGGAGUAUGGAAUUGGACGUUAUCGAUAUGAAGAAAACCAAUUCGGAACCAUUCGUUAUAAAAUAUUACCAAGUGCAAGACAAACAAAAUAUUGUCUUCCAUUCUCUGAAGGCGAUGUUGUCACGAUGGUGGGAAAAUUUUCUUAUGAAAUUGUUGAUAAAAUAGAAUGUUUCACGAUCAACGUAUCGGUUGCAACGCCGUUCAUGAAACCAUCAUCAGGAUGUUGGGAAUCAGAAGAAAUACCUUUAUCUUCACCGUAUUUGAGUUUUAAUACUCAACCUAUUCCUGGUUCUUUACGUCAACUAGAAAAUUCACAAUUUGUAAGAACAAAAUCCACUCUUGAUAGUCAUUAUUCUCGUCGUUCAAUCGAUCAAAGAUUUCGUAUUGGUUAUCAAAUUGAUAAUGAUAAAUGGGAUAAUAUGGCUUUAAAUUGGGAAUUAUAUUCUCAACUUUUUAUUUCCGGAUUUUUUCUUCAUGCUGAUAACGGUGAAUUAUAUAUUGAAGCUACUGAACUUGAUGUUGAUCAUUCAACAAGAAAACUUGGAAAACAUUCAAUAACUGGUUCUUCAAGUUCUUCUGUUAUAGGUGUCAGUUCGUUAGCAAAAAAUUUUGCUAGAUUAAUGGAAAUGGAAAAAAUUCCUGGUUUUAAUUAUUCAAAUGUUUUACCUUCAAGAACUUCCGAACAUUCUUUUGUUAAACCUUCUCAUAGAAGUCCUCCUGUAAAUGCCAUACAAAUUAAUCAACAAGAAACAAAUAAUAAAGAUUCUUUAGAACAAGAUUUUUUUAAGGGUAUACAAGCUUAUCAUCAAAUAAUGCAACGUAUGUCAACUCAAGGUCCUCCAAAUCCUUCUUUAUCAAAUCAUCCUGUCGUUUCAAAUGUGAGUGGUGGUUCGGAUCCUCCAUCGGCUGAACAAAUAGCCGAAUUAAUUUCUGAUCAAGGUACGCGUCACGAUAAAGCUGGUACUUUCUUGAGGAAUAAUUCAAAAAAUAAUCAUCCACUUACAAAGCAGAUUCCAAAUAUUUCAGUAUGGCAACUUCCUCAACAUGCUCAACAAGAUAUUCAUCAAUAUAAUAAUAAUCAACAAUUACAUGAUAUUCGUCAUCAACCUGAUUCGACUCAAAGACCACGUGAUAAAUCUAUUCAACAACAAAUUAAUUAUGAUCAACCUUAUCAUCAUUCUUCUUCACCUCCCGUAUCAAAUGAAGGAAAUCAAUCUAUUUCAACUUCAACUCAACGUGGCAAUAAACAUAAAAAAGAUUUAACAAAAUCAAGUGGUUCUUCAACUCGUAUUUCUUCUCAAAAUGAUCGUGAAAAAACACCUUUACCACCACAACAACAAACUGAUAUAUCAAUGAUUUCAAUGCCACUACCAAGACCUGAAUCUGAAUCAGGUGAAUCACAACAAGCUUCUUCCGAUACUAUUGAUUCUUCUAAUAAGAAAAAAUCUUCAAGUAGAAAAAAAUCUCCAAAUUCCGAUAAAUCAAAAUCACUUCGAUCUGUUACAAGAGCUACUUUAGGUAAUAGAUUUAUAGUUUAUGAACCAAAAGUUGGUCAAGAUGAUGAAUUUAUUGGAAAUAUUAAUGAUUUAAAUAGUG